AUGAGUAUUAGAUCAAGAAACGCAAGUUAUAAUGUUAUUAUUUUUGGUGAAUCAGGUGUAGGUAAAAGUUCAAUAGUUAAUAUGCUUUUUGACAAAGAUACUGUUGAAACAUCUGAUGGUGUCAUGGGUUGUACAUUUGAAUCAAAAUUAUAUCAUGAUACAAGAGAAGGAUAUUCAUUUAAUAUUUAUGAUACAGCUGGUUUAAACGAAUCUGAUAAAGGAAAGGUUAAAUCAGAAGAGGCAGUCGGAAAUCUGAUAAAAUUGGUUAAGAAUUUAAAAGAUGGUAUUCAUUUGUUAAUAAUGUGCAUAAAAAAGGGCAGAAUCAAUAAUGCUAUAUAUAAUAAUUAUCAAUUAUUUUAUGCUGGUAUUUUUUGUAAAAGUGUUCCUAUUAUACUAGUUGUAACAGGUUGUGAAUUAGAUGAACCUAUUAAUUCAUGCAAAAUUAAGAAUGAAAAAGCGUUAGUGAAAAAUUUUAAAAUGAAAUUCAAUGAUAUUGUUUGCAUUACUACCUUAAAUAAAGGUGAUUCUACUGUUGAUAAUUCAUUAAAAGAGCCUUGGAUUAUUCCAAACUUUGUUGAUUUCUUUAUGGUUAUGAUUAAACGAAUAUGGAACAUUAUUGCAAAUUAUUGUAAUUUCCGGGAAUUACCUCUAAAUAUGACAAUGUAUAGCAUAUUUCAAAAAUUGGGUUUUUGUGACACAGAAGCUACGGAAAAAGCUAAUAAACUAGUUAAUGACUUAAAAAAUGAUGACAUGACCAUACAAGUCGUUGAUGUUGACAGUCCUGCUAAUUAG